CCUUAUUCGUAGCUUUCCAUUUUCUCAAAUAGAAGGCAUAUUGAUUCCUCCACCGUCCAUUAGACGAUUCUUUGACUGCUUGAGUAAUUCAUUUCGCUCUCCACUACCUUCUUUCUCUAAAAGUUGAUGCACUACAAAACCCAUAUUCCUCCAUUCAUUAAAAUCCAUAAGAACACCUCAAAUUCACUUCAAUUUUGGCCAUUUUCUCCUUUUUCAUCAUCUGGGUUAUUUCGGGUUUCCACUUUUAGUUCAAUCUGUCUUAAUUAAUGCCAAUAUUCCCUAAAAUAUAGCCCUUUCUCCAUUCAUUGUAUAUACCUCAUUUUUGUUCUUUCUUUACCCAUGAUUUCCGCUUUAUAUAAUCUAAUAUCACAAUUUCAUUAUGUGGGUUUUUCAAUUCAUGACCACAAUUUGGUGGAUUGACAGUAAUUUCAUUAAUCUCUGGACAGCGAGAAUCAAAUCCUAAGUUACUACAUGCUCUAACUAAGACAAGACCCUGAAUAUCAAAAUCUUCUUAUUUUUCCCUUCUGUUUCAAUUGAUUGAAAUUAAACCCUAGAUCAAUCUCAUUAUACAGUUUAUUUCAAUUUAUUUUAAGUUAUUAUUUGCCCAUUAAAUAUUUUCUGUCUUAAAGUUGGUGGCAGUUCACUGUAUCUAGCUAGCCCAGCAUUUAUACAGUUCUAUUGUAUUUGUUUGUUAAUAUCCUAUGCUAUAUUCUUUACCUAUUUAACUACCUUACACUUAAACUAUGUCGGCUGACAAACUUUCUUUUAAAAAAAAUAUUUACUAAGAUUGCUUAGAUUUUGGUUCCACUAAUAAAGGAGUUUUUUUUUAUAAUAUUGUGUAUCUUGUGUAAUCUUUUGGUGUAAAGAUUCUCAGAUCUUGCACCAUUAGGAAUAUUUUUUUAUAUUGGGGUAAUACAAGAGAAUUAAUCCUUUCUGUAGGGGGUGAGAAUCGAACUAUUUGUUUAUACCAUUAUAUUAUUUACUAUUUGGUCCAAAUCCAAUGCUUUACUUCUUCAUAUCUUGUUUUUCAUUCAUUUUUGCUAAGAUGAGACUUCUAUCCCCUUUGUAUUGGGUAGAAAUUACCAAGUCUUUAAUAUGUAAUACUUGGAAAAGGGGGCUUGUUUUUGGUGUUUUUGAAGGUACCCUUUUGAGUCCAAUGAUGAAAGUUCCUACCAUUAAUGAGUUUGUAAAGGUGGAUGAUGAGGAAAUAUCACUACUAGAUUUGCCAGAUUUGGCUUUAGAUUUGAUUCUAGGGCAACUUUCACCUGCUGAAUUGUGUAGCAUGGCAGGAGUAUGUAGUGAAUUAAGAGUUAAAUGUAGGAGUAAUCGUUUGUGGGAGAAACAUAUGAAGAGAAAAUGGGGAAGAGUUAUUGGUAAUGUUGCUCUUGUAAAAUGGCAUGAGAAUAUGGCUCAAAAUAUGAGGAAACUUUCCUUAAAUGGUAACAUUAAUGGAGGGAUUUUUGGGUCUAUGCUUAGUUUUUGGCCUUUGUCAUUGUUGAUUAGAUCAAAGUUAAAACAUAGAAGUGAGUUUAAGGUUUGUUUACCUCCUGAUUCAAUCAUGAGUAGGUAUCUUUCUCUCGAAAACGGCGAGUUUUGGUUCCCUGCUCAGGUGUAUAAUCGUGAGAAUGGGCAUGAUGGAUUUGUGCUGUCUUGUUAUGAUGCUAAACUUUGCUACAACUCAAAAUCAGACACAUUCCAAGCUAGGUAUAAUGUGAACGGGCGGCAGACAGUUGAGGACAACAUUUCCUGGAGUAGAAUCCGAGCACCACCCGUUGAUAACCCACCUUAUGAACUUCAUGUGUCUGAUAGUCUGGAUGAUUUGAAGCCCGGAAAUCAUUUUGAGAUUCAGUGGAGAAGAAACCGAGGGUAUCCAUAUGGUUGGUGGUAUGGAGUCGUUGGUCACAUAGAAUCAUGCACCCGAAAUGAAAAUCACUGCAUCUGUCACGAUAAUGACAUGAUAGUACUAGAGUUCAACCAGUACGCCCCUGGCUCGAGAUGGAGGAAAAUGACCGUGAGCAGGAAGAGUCAUCGAGAAGAAGGAAACGAGGGUGAUGGGUUCUAUGGAGGCAUCCGAAAAAUCUACAAUGAAGAAGAGAUCGCUACUUGGAAAAGCUUAUGGCCAACUAAAGUCUUAAACUAGUAAUGCAUCUUUUUACCCUUUCGAGCAAUCGAGCCUCGCCUAGCUACCUUAAGAACCGUAAAUACCGAAAACUUUAGAUACCAACAAUGUUUAGCUUGAGAUUGGAGAAUGCAAAAAGUUGGCCUUUGUUUCUCUAUUUGCAAUGUGCAAAGGCAUUUGGACUUGUACAGAUGAAGUUGCAUUGCCUAUUUAGCAUACCUCUGGUAAUACAAAUGUUCUGAAUGUAGAUUUAAGGCAGUUCGCCAAUUUAUAAUUGUCCAAGAUCGAUGGUAAUUGCAUUUAAUUGGAUUUCGAAUUUCAAAACAGAAAUUCGGGAUUCUAAUGCAAGAACACGAAAUUAAAUGUACAAACAAUCAACACAAUGCUUUAAGCAAGAUCACCAGAUGUGGGCUCCGUGCUCUCUAGACCUAAAUUGUAUUAUUAAUCGAUUAAGAAAUAAUGAAGUUCUCUAGAACUCAAACUAGCCACCA